GCGCGCGCGCGCUCGCGCGAGAGAGACGAAUCGUAGUCGUGAGGCAUGUGAGUAAAUCCUGAAGUCCUGUACGUCGAGUCGCUCGCGCGCUUCGAAACGGCCGACGCAGAACCUUUUGGCGCGCGCGCUGACGCUGAGGAUGCGUCCGAACAACUUAGGAUUGAAGGCAAACGGAGCGUAAGGAGCGGCCAAGUCAAAAGUUUUAUAAGUCAGUCGGAGAGGAAGCGCCGCCUCGGGACCUCAAGACGGUGAAUAAUAAUAAUAAUAAUAAUAAUAAUAAUGUACUGAAGCGGGAGGGGAUUAAAGGCGAUGAAGCCGGUGACGCGGAGCGGGAGGAGGCGGCGGCCCUUCGCGCGCCUUUGCUGCGGCGGCUUCGGGCUGCUCGCGCUCGCGUGCCUCGCGCGCCUCCAACACCUGACAGUGACAGAAGCUUCAAGCUCAGACCCGGCUAAAGACGUCGGCUGCGACUGGACUGGACGCAAGCUGAUGCAAGACAGAAUCGAGAACCACACUCUAGAACCUCCUCGAGCAGCCAUCCAUGAGUUCCCUGAAGACGUCUUUACCAAGGAACAGAGGAAGAGAGGGGCCGUGCUGCUACAUGUGCUCUGUGCCAUUUAUAUGUUCUACGCUCUUGCUAUCGUCUGUGAUGACUACUUCGUUCCCUCCCUGGAGAAGAUCUCAGAGAACCUGCACCUGAGUGAGGAUGUAGCCGGGGCUACGUUCAUGGCUGCUGGAAGCUCCGCCCCUGAGCUCUUCACCUCUCUGAUUGGUGUAUUCAUCACUAAGGGGGACGUGGGAGUGGGAACGAUUGUCGGGUCAGCUGUUUUCAACAUCCUCGUCAUCAUCGGAGUGUGUGGCAUCUUCGCUGGUCAGACGGUGUCUCUUACCUGGUGGUCUCUGUUCCGAGACUCACUCUACUACAUCUUCUCAGUUCUGGCUUUGAUCUUGGUCAUCUAUGAUGAGAGGGUUGUGUGGUGGGAGUCCAUGCUCCUGAUCUCCAUGUACGGAGUUUACAUUCUUAUCAUGAAAUUUAACAGUCCGAUCGCGAGCUUCGUGGCGCACCAUUGCGGUGGUCCAGGCCGGUGCUGCCUGCGAGGAGAAAUCCCGCGAAAUGACGACACUGUGGAAGAUGGAGCCAACUGCAAUACCUCCAUGGUGCUUCUGAGAAAAGGUCAGUCUGGCACGGCACAGCAGGAGUCUCCAGUAGUGAUGGUGGAUGAGCUGCUGAUCCUCAGGCCUCACCAGCUCUCUUUUCCAGAGGCGGGUCUACGCAUCAUGAUCACGCCCCACUUCUCACCACGCACUCGUCUCAGCAUGGCUGGCCGUGUACUCAUCAGCGAAAGACAGAGGCUGAUAAGGGAAUCAGGGCAGAGGGGAAGCCCAGUGAAGACAUUUGGCUCGGGAGGGAUCGAAAACGGAGGGAGUGUGGAGAGACCUCUUCAGGAUGGAGAAAGGAUAGACAUAGAUGGAGCUGUAAAAGCAGAUAACCCUCAGCCCGAGGAAGAGGAGGACAGGGACGAAAUCUUCAGACCUCUCCAUGUGCCAGAUGGUUGUGCAGCCCGUGUUAAGUGGGUAGUAUCAUGGCCACUGGGUGUGCUGCUGUACUACACCGUGCCCAACUGCAUUCUGCCCCGCUGGCAUCGCUGGUUCAUGGUCACCUUCAUCACUUCCACACUUUGGAUCGCCAUCUUCUCCUACCUGAUGGUGUGGAUGGUCACCAUUAUCAGCUACACCCUGGACAUCCCGGAUUAUAUCAUGGGCAUAACGUUCUUGGCAGCGGGCACCAGUGUGCCAGAUUGCAUGGCUAGCCUGAUCGUAGCUCGCCAAGGUAUGGGAGACAUGGCGGUGUCUAACUCAAUAGGCAGUAAUAUAUUUGACAUCUUGCUGGGUUUGGGCUUCCCAUGGAUGCUCAGAACGCUGGUGGUUGAACAUGGAUCAUCGGUGUUCAUCAAUAAUAAAGGUCUGGUGUACUCGGUGAUCCUGCUACUAGCAUCUGUCUUCCUCACUGUGCUGAGUGUUCACCUGAACGGUUGGAAGCUAGACCGGCGUUUGGGUUUGGGCCUCAUGCUGCUUUACUCAAUCUUCCUCCUCUGCUCCAUCCUCUUUGGGCAGCUUUAAAAAAAAAAAAUCUUGUACAUCCCGACUUCCAUCCAAGUCCACCAGUCAAACCAGUUUAGUUCUCGUUUUGAGUUUGAUUCAUUCACACUGGACAUGGUGUUAACCUGAGCUGAAUCUCAGGCCAAGCAGAGACAGUGGAGGAGCCUGAAGAGGGACAGAUGGACUAAUAGUUCAGAGUGAAAGAGUCUGAAGCCGCCUCUGUCCGGACAACGAAUGCAGUUACACUGUACAUGGACAGCUUUGUUUUUCAGUUCACACACUGAAUCAUUUCAAAAAGGAGUUCCACUUCAUGCGUAAAAGCACCGCUGCCAACUCCUGAGUAGAUAAAACAGCAGUAAAGGCGAUCAUACAUCGAGACAUCUAGUUUAGAGUUGUAGCAUUGCUCCUAAAACGGCCAUCUUGUUCUUUGUGACUGUGCAUUUAGGAAUGUGUCAGUAUCAGUCUGGAUGAACAAUCACCUCAAUCACGACACAUUUAUAUUCAGUUUUUAAUCAUUCACAAGAUGCUUUUAUCCAAAGUGGAAUACAAGUGAGAAAAUCCAAGCACAACUGAGCAGUCGAGGGAUCUGAACUCGCAACGUUAUAGGACACGACUUUAACCACGGAUACGAAACUAGUGGUAUGAGACCUGAAAACAUAUUGAGGAGCCGGUAGCACCAGCUGAUCGUAUGCCACAGUAUAAAACAAAAAAACGAGCCCAGUUCAGAAUUUAUCCAAAAGACAGACACUGAGGAUGUCGGAGCUCACAGUGCGUAACGUCAUCAUAGAUCAAAAUGUUGGAAAUGAUGCAUUUCCCAAUAACCAGCCAAUCAGAAACCUUAUUCAACGUUACCAGGAAACACUACAUCUACAGUCAAGAAGCAAGGAAGGGGUCCAUAUCCAUCGAUAUCGGUUUGACGCCGUGAUCAUUUACACGCUCCGAAUCCAACAUCUUGUACCACGCAAUGCUACGUACUGUAACGUCAGCCUAGUGCGCGUUCUCUCAGUAAUAAACAGCGAUCUGGAGGUUUUUCACAGAUUAACGUUAAUAAAUCAAAGCAAACUGGACGACCCACAGGAUCUUCAUACAAUACAAGCAGCCCGAUUAAACAUCAACAUAAAACUCGAGGAACACGAGGAGAUCGUUACUCGCCGCGAACACGAACUAGACGAGAGAAAUGACUAGACAAUGUUAGAUGAGUGAAAAUGCCAAGCUCUUUCCCAGUAUGUUGUUCUUGACAAAUUAGUCACUGGCAAACAGUUAAUCCUGCUUUAGUGGAAGAAAAGUGGAGUCAAUUCUACCAAUUCACUUUUAAAAAAAAAAAAAAAAAGUGGAACAAAAUCCACAACCAAACUCAAGCCAAGGGAACUAAUGUAGCUUGCUAAUUCAUCACAACUUCACUCGCUAAUGUUAUAAACAAGAGUCAUCGGAGAUGACAGAUCCCCCCCGGCCCCCACAUGAAACCCCACUCCAAAUUUUACGAAGUUGAACUGGUUGUCAUGGAAAUACGGAAAAAAUACAAAUCUCAGAAAUCCCAAGAUGUCAAAAGGCACAACUCCGACUGAGGUUUCGUGAAAAAAUUCCUAAUAGUUUUUGAGUUAUGCUCCAGAAACUAAAAAUGUUUACAGAUGGACAGACGAACAGAGCGAUAGCGAAAUCCCCUGCAUUAUAUACCGAGGAGAUAAUAACAAACAUAAUAGCCUGGGGAAACAUCUAUUUCAUCUCAUCUCAUUAUCUCUAGCCGCUUUAUCCUUCUACAGGGUCGCAGGCAAGCUGGAGCCCGUCCCAGCUGACUACGGGCGAAAGGCGGGGUACACCCUGGACAAGUCGCCAGGUCAUCACAGGGCUGACACAUAGACA